AAAACUCGAGGUCUGAUCAUCAGUCUGUCGUUUCACUACCUUCACCGUCACCAACUACCAUGUUCACUGCUCUCUCAAAACGAUUGUCCGUCAAUGGCAAGAGUCCGAAGAAAGCCUCGGAUGUGGAUCCGACGAAUCCGUACUCGUCUACGCCGGCAGUCGUCGCAAGUCCUCGAUCUGUUCCCAUCGUCAAAGUCACCGCACCUAAGCUUGACGAGCCCGCCCAUGAAAAGAGGGAGAGGGGCGAAACCGCAGCAAGUGCCGCGCCAAACGAAGCACCCAAAUCCGAAUCUGGCAAUGCUCACAAUCCGGUUAACGGAAUCGAGUCUAAUGGGGGACAUUCCCAUGAGUCCUCGACACCGUCUCGUCCUGAACCGUCCACGCGCUCGUCGUCAGGCAAUGUACUUGCCAAGAUAUGGUCCGUUGACUGGGCGAUCCAAAAGCAGACUGUAACCACUGGUCCUCCCUCUGCUCGAGUCGAUCGUCAAGCCUACCUUUCGGCUGUCCGCCUCCGCUCCGUGAUAGUUGGUUCCUCCGCACUUGCUACCGAUCCUUCGGCCAAACUAUCUAGCGCCGACGCCAAGAAGCUGAGGGAGUCUCUGCAGAAGCCAGAUGAAGCCCAACCCAUCGUAGCCCAGCUGCGGAGAUUAGCGAGUCAUCCCGACCACGAGAAGCUUUCAGCAAGUGCGGGAAAACCGGCUUUUCCUGCUGCUCCUAUCCAUGCGGCGUGUCUUUCCGUCCCGGAUGAGGAAGCUGCAGCUAUGCACUUCUCUAAAUUGAUUGCCGUCAAUGCCCUCAAAGUCCCGCCUCCUCCCACUGCCGAACUCGCUGCUCGGUUACCGGUUCUCUCUCCCACGGCGCUUGAAUCCGCUUUCGGCUCAAUGAAUCUCGUAUCUCUCGUAACUGCACCUGAUCUCGGUCUCGGACACCCAGCUUCAGAUCCUGGAAUUUUCUCUGGUGCCGUGCCAUCAACUCAGGAAAUCGAGACCGGAAUCGAAGAAGUCAGUCGCACUCUUCUCGCACUUGGCUUUGCCGGAAGCGGGAUGGUCUGGCCGGACCAUACGGGAGUCUAUCCCCCCACUGACAGGAUGUCGUGCUACACUUAUUGGUGGGGCUAUGAACUCGUUCUGCCUCACAAAUCCGUUCAAUAUCUCAGCAAAUGCAAAUCUAUCUCAGGCGCUAUGCUCGACUUCCUCACAGCUCUGGCACUCUUCACAGAAGGUGUCCGCGAAAUUCUCCCGUUCAUUCGCUAUAUCUCGCAGUUUGUCGAUAUGGAAUUCGACGGCAUAGCUCAGCAAGAUCGUGGUCAAGGCGUCGUCUGUGCGGCUACAUGGCUUAUCCCCGUUUCCCUUGUCCCGAGAACUUGGGACUUCCCUCCUCGCCCGGCCAAUCUACCCGUCACCUACGCUGCCCCUAAGCCUAUACUCACAUCUACCCGCACAUCUGGAACCACUUCAGCUCCACUCAGCGCGCCGGGCACCCCAGCGCCAAUUCCCAUGCACUCGUACUCGGCCCCAGUAACUCCGGAACCGGUUGCAUCUGACAUCGACCCCUUGUCUUUUCUAGGGGUGCGAGCUUUUCCGCCGACGGGCACCGCCGAGCAUUGA